AUGGUGACCAGAAUUGGAAAAGGCAUGAUCAAAGCCGACGAAAGAGUGCAGGAGACAGAAGACGAUGAUGCAGCAGAAGACUGCACCGAAGAGGCUACACGAGAAAAACGAAUUAUCUUCAUGCGGAAACGAAAUCUAUAUCUCAACUAUCGCUCUACAGGGCAUUGGGCAGUACAAACAAAGGCGGAUCAUGCAGAGCGAGCUGUUCAGAAACAGCUGUACUCAUCCAAGAUGAACAUUGUGGUAUCGGAACCUCAACAUACCUUCAAUGAUGUGCCAAACACAGAUGCUUUCGUCAACCUUAAGCGAAGUGAAGCACGGGCUCACAUUCUCGUUCGACAAACUCCAAACGCAAAAGAACAAGCUCCAGAGUCCAUCCAUGUACUGCUGGACACUCGAGCUUUAUCUGUAUCGAGUCGGCAAAUCGCUUGCUUCUGGGAAUAA